AUGCCGGACAAGCUAUCACUCCUUGUGCACGAAGUGGAGCGCUUGAUUACGGCUCCAUAUGCACCCUCGCUCCAAGGCCUUCAUGAUAUUAUUCAGAAUGACUCCAAUGGGUUGGUUAAUGCCUGGGCUACUCGUAAACCAUGCCAAGUUGGAGCUUUGGUCGAUGUGCUUUUCGACGGGCUGUCUCGGUCUCGUUUCGCUCUGCCGUUACUGAAUGCUUUCGCAUCAGUCUCGGCUUUUUCCGAUGCUCUGCUAGAGCGUUAUCCCGUUGUACUUGACCAGUUCCUGGAGAAGGCCCUGGAAAGUGAUGAGUCUGAGUGGAUGGCUCUCUGCACUGCUGUUCUUUCUACUCCUCUUCCCCGAACUUCAUUGCUCCAGCUCGUCUGGCGGCGUUCAUCGUGA